UUUGACGUUUGUUUGCUUGUGUCGGUGAAGUAGGUACUACUUACCUAUCAAUAAAUAUCUAUUUACGAUUUUUAUUGAAAUUGCAAAAUAAAUGUGAAAUACUUACAAUGUUUUGUUCUCGUAAGAGAACCUAAUAAUCAAUGGCAUACAGUGAUGGAGUUCAGUGAAAUUGAAACAAAUGAUGAGGUGUUAGACCACUCAGACGUUGAUUUCUGUUUAGAUUACUCUAGAAGUCCUAGCCCGCAACCUGUUUUAACAUCAAAUUUAUACGAUCUAGAAGACAUUUUGACGGACGCUAUAUCAGAACCAUCGCAAUCAUCUCUAAGAGUGACUAGAAGUCAGCUUAUAAAUCAGGAACUUUGCAUAAGACCAGAGGCUAACACAGUGUCCAACGUGCCCGAGGGAUUGGACCUCUUCAAAGUUAUAUUUGAGGUUGAAAGUGAUAUGGAUCCACACAUGGAAGACUUUGAAGGAGCUACGGUUCCAAAACAGGAAAAGGAUUCAUGCCGCCUCGUCGGCGGGUCCAAGUUCUACGAAGUGAUGGACGGCGCGUCUGGAAAUGCCACCACUCCAUCGCCAACCGAAAAAUACGAUCACAUGAAGCCCAUUGAUAGUGACGAUGAAGUAUCGGACGUGGACCAAGAAUGCACAGUGUUCAGCGGCGUAAGCUACCUCGGCGCUCAGAACAUCGGAGAUCCAAAAUCAGAAAGUGACAUACAGCGCAUCAUGAAGGAACUGAGUUCGAUGCCGGAGAGCAGGGACGGCAUCGCCGUGUCAAUAUCGAUUCCUGUUUGCUCACAGGGCUUGGUCGUACUGUACCAAGCGGAUUCGAACAGCGUGAUGACGAGAUACGCCGUGAACAGGAUAUCUUUCUACGCUCGCGGCGCCGCGGGUUCCCCCGUGGCGUCCUGUUUCGCCUUCACCUGGUCCCACGGCGAAACCAAGGAAUCCGCCGUGUAUAGAUGCCAUGUGUUUCGGUGCCAUAUAGCUGAGGCCGUCAACCAGGUUUCAAGCUGUUUCUCCAAAGCGUUUGAGCGCAUUCCACGAUCAAUGGCGUCGUCUUUGAUUGGGGAGUUGAGCGCAGCGCCCUCUAUGACUGGAUCUCUUACUGAGGCUGUGGGAAGUGCAGCGCUGCCUAUGCAGUUGAUGCAUGUCUUGGAAUGCACUGUGGACAUCAAGGAGAUUGAUGCCAAGGGAACAUUCAGCCACGUGCCGAAGGAGCGGCUCGGGUUCAAGAUGCGCGGGGGCAUCGACAAACAAGUGACCGUCAACGUGACGCAAGUCAACAAGAACGCGCGAACAAACGAAUCCGAAGAUCAACAGGCUACAUACACUGGCGGAUUGUUCAUCGAGCGAUGCUUCGGAAUACUAUUAGCACCUGGGCAAUCAGUCAAACACUCCGAUAUGCGACUGCUGGAAAUGGUGAGCGGUUCAGCUGGCGGUUCGAGUUGUUCAGUGUGCGCCCUGUGGAACGCCGGGGACGCGGCGCUGGCGGCGUUCAACACGUCGGGCGGCGACGGCGCGCCCGAUUUCAUGUCGCUGGCUUUGGACCUCGUCAUUAGGGGCAUUCCGGAUCCACUGAGAUUGGUGAUAGAAACUCCUGUAAAAAUAUUCCCUCCGAAUGAAAAGUUUUGGUAUUAUUUCAAGCGGCCGCUCGUACAAGAAUUCUACAUUAAUCUCAAAGAGAGCGUCGACGAGUAUGGCCAGUUGCAAUACGAGGUGACCAACGUGGAGACGUCCGGUGAACUGGACCGGUCCCGGCUGAACCUCCCUCUGUCUCUGUCUAGUUUGCUGCCGUCGCCACUGUCCAGCGCGCCCGCGCCGCCUUCCCCUUCGGAGCCCGACUCAGAUGGAGAUGAGCCCUUACUGAGCGGGACCGGCGAAGUCUCCAAAGAUUGCGAGGAGGAUGUUCUGGUCAACUGGGCGCAAGUGCUAAGAAGUUGGACCGGCCCUCGCCCCAGGGCUCUCAAUCAGUUGGUUCGCGUCGGCGUCCCUGAAGCGUUGCGCGGCGAAGUGUGGCUGAGACUGGCUGGGAUUGACCAGAAUGACAAACUUAUGGAGACCUACAGGACUCUCAUUACGAAAGACUGUCCAGCAGACGCGAUCAUCCAGCGAGACAUCGCCCGCACGUUCCCCGCCCACGACUUCUUCCGCGAGGCGGGCGGCCUCGGCCAGGACUCGCUGUGGCGCAUCGCUCGGGCGUACGCGGUCUACGACACCGAAAUCGGGUACUGUCAGGGACUUAGCUUCUUGGCGGCAACUUUACUUUUACACAUGCCUGAAGAACAGGCGUUCUGUCUCCUAGUCCGGCUCAUGUACGGCUACGGCCAACGGGAGUUGUACAAAGAUGGCUUCGAAACGCUCUACAUGAGGCUGCAUCAGCUGGACCGCCUCAUGGACGAGCAACUGUCGGACUUGCGCGCUCACUUCCAAGAGUUGGGCGUGGAGCCGCAUAUGUUUGCGUCGCAGUGGUUCCUCUCUGUGUUCACGGUCAAAUUCCCCUUGCCAUUGGUGUAUCAUAUACUAGACGUGUUCCUGUUACAAGGAGUGGAGGCGUUGUUCCAGGUCGCUCUAGCGCUGCUAUCCCGAUCCAAGAAAGACUUGCUUGCGCUCGAUUUCGAGGGCGUACUCAAAUAUUUUAGAGUUACAUUACCAAAGAAGUGCAGAGCUGAAGACGCGCCGAGACAGAUAGUGAAAUUGGCGUGCAGCAUCAAAGUCAAGCGGCUGGCGAAAUAUCAAGCGGAGUUUGAAAAAUUUGUGAAAGAAACUACUGAGAAAGAGAAGGCACAAGUGGAAUUAGAGAAGCUGAAGGUGAUAAAUGCGCAGCUGUUGCAGGAGAAGGAAACGUUUGAAACUGAACUCCGUGAGGCAUGGAGUGCUGCAGAAGAAGCACAGAAGGACGCGGAUCUUCACCGGGCCAUAACUAAUGAUUACCGCGCCAUUUGUGCGCGAUUGGACCAUCAACUGCAUCAAAUACAGGAUUACGUCAAAGAUUGCGUCAGAUGUAGUGUCAAAUUGGAACAGAAGGACAAUAAAGAAGCCGAGCAAGGAGAACCAGUGUCCACCGACACCGAGGCAAGACUGCGCAAUCGCAUUCACGAGUUAGAAUUGGAAUUGGCGCAGGUCAAAUUGGAACAUGUGCAGGCGCAGUGCAGCAAUCAGGAGUUAAGCCACCAGUUGAACGCGGCUAUGCACGAAAUGGAGCAAGCUGUGAACCAGAAGCAAAGCGUCGCACCUUGGUUGGUGCGGACCCUAAAUUCCAUCAUGGAGGCAGCACAGACACGGCCUACCUUCCAAACUUACAUCCCUAACACAAACCAGGAACAGCCCACACUCCAACGGCAGGGAUCAUUGUCUAGUACCAAAAGCAACAGUCAUACAAACCUAAAUAGACGUGUAUCAGAGCCAUACAGCCCAGACGUGGUCAGGAGGAAGAAAGAUCUCAACUCAAAACGACAUUCAAUGCUCGUCGAAUCCAACCUUGCGAAAGAGGCAAAGGAAUUGAACCGACGGAGCCAUGACGUCGCGGUAAAAAAGCUGUCAAUGGGUUGACAACACCGUUCGAUUAUUGAAAUUCUGUUAAUUUGAGUUGUACGCCCUGAAUGAGGUCUUCUCUUUUGUUUAUAAGCAAAUUGUGUAGCCGUGUAAGAGACGCGUUGCUUUUUCUUUGUUGUGUCAUUUAACGUGUGACUUAGGAUCACAUUUAAGAUAUUAUUUUCUAUAGAGUUAAAAGCAUCGUAACGAUAAGCUAGCGAUGAUCGAUAUUCAAAGUGUAACUACACGGGUUUAACAUUUGAUAAUUAACUCGCUAACUGUGUUUGGGCUACUUAUUAUUAGUUUCACUCUGCGUAGUAGAAAAAUGUCGAAAAAUAGCACCCCGAUUUUUUCAUACAAUUUUUAUUGGCAACACGUCCAUAUAGUGCACAUAACCAUAAUACUAGUCAAUGUUAUAAUUACAUAAUUGUAUUGCUGUAAGUUGUUAGCGCGGCUGAAGUCUAAAGCAAUUUUGUUAGGUUUGUUGGAUUAUUGCAGACUGUUUAUAUAAAGCUUAAUUUAUCUGAGCUAUAUCGGGGCAGGUGGAGAGAAGGCAAACAAAAAUUAUCUUUUUAUAUUCACCUGGUUUUUAGGAUGUUUUAAUUCUGAUUUAAAUCCGAUGAAUAUUAUGUUCAUUUUUAAAUUCUCAACCCAAUUUCACAACCCAUUAACUUGGUUUAAUGUCUGUCUGGGUGUAAUUUAUUACGGCGCGUCGUAUCGCAAGUGAGAUUAGAGCAUUACCUGUGGACACAUUUAUGUAUUUUAUAAAUAUUGGUAACCUAAGUAUGGUAUGGUAUGGAUUAUAAAGUAAAAGUAUAACUACCUUACCCUACUACCCGACUUUUUUAUAUUUUAGGUUAUUAUUUAUAUCGUAAAGCUCUUAUGAGUUAGGACUGAAAUUUCAAAGUAUUGGAGUGAAUAUGGUAGAUUAGUAUCUUAUUUUUCAUCAUAGAUAGUAUUCUAAUUAUGUGUUUGUCAUAUUAAAAUAAAUUUCGGUUUUUAUGUGUUAAUAGUAACGAGUUUGAAAAAGAUGGGCGUAUGCGUAUUUAUAUAUACAUAUAGUUUAUAUACUUUAUACGAAUGCUACUGAACUAUUCCUGUAAAAACAAACUAUUGUAGUAGUUCAAAAGUAUUCAUUAAGUUCUGUCACAGUGUAACAGAUCCAGUAUGCCAUAGAAUAUGUGCCUUCUAAGGUAAAGUUAUAAAUAUAAAAGCCAAGUCCAAUUCUUGUAAGCGAAAAAAAAAACCGCAGAAGUAUUAGGAGCAACGCAACUCGCCAUAAAACGCAACUCGCCAUAAAACGCAACUCGCCAUAAAACGCAAUUCGCCAUUUUCGCAUUUGGUUAUUUCCGUAACUCGUCAUCACGAUUUAUUAGGCUUUAUUUUUUUUUGUAGAAUGCGUACACUAUAGGCCUUGAUAAAUGAUAUGAGGUGAGAAUAACGCACGUAUGUGUGACGAGUUGGGUUUAAGACGAGAUGCUACUUAUCCUUGCGGAGGAAACUAGGUGUGUUUGCAAGAAUCGCUAAGAACGCGAUAUAAGAACCAAACAGAGGUCUUCUACUCGUAAAUUUACAUUAUAGCUUGAAGCUUGAUUGAAGCUCCUGUGAAAAUGCACGCCGUAUAAGAUAGAAUAAGAGAGUGCAACAUGUGGUAACUUAGCUCUCUCUCUGUCUUGGAGGUCAAACUAAUAGAAAGACAGAGAGGGAGGAUAAGACAUUUGUACUGUAAACAUUCAUGUCUGAAGCCCUAUGGCAACAUUUAUGGUGUCCUUGCAAUAGUUACCAAAAGUGCAGUUAUCAAUUGAAAUAUGUGGGCGAGAUUUCAUGUAGUCUGUGCUAUCAAGGAUAGUUAUGGCAUAUGGGGAAGAAAAUGCACUUGAACGCAGCGACGAAUAAUUCUAAAGCUGAGGCUACAUUAGAGAGCUACAGAUAAUAUUCGUGGAUCGCGUUGUAUUUGCGCACUACAAACAAAUUAAUAUUUACCAUAGACUUUAUGAAUCUACGGUGGUAAUUCUAUGGUGGUCUUGCGCGCCAACGUGAUACGAAUCUUCGCACGCUAUGUUGAAGACCUAGCAUACAGAGUCUACAAUAUAAAUAAGGCAGCGUUCCUAGAUAUUUGAUCGAUUUCUUAUGAUUAACAUGUUCUGAUAAUUAUUUAUUAUACCCUAAUUAAAUUUGUACCUUAUGAAAACUCACAAUUUCAUGUGUUUUAUUGCAAAUGUUUAGACGAGUCUAGAAUUACUAGUCUGGUUUAUAUACUAGGCAAUUAGUGAUUUAAUUUAUUUAUUGGAAAAAUUUAAUUAAGAACAAUUUGCUACUAGAAUUGAUAUAUUUCUUCUUUUAAAAAAGAACUAGGUACCUAUAUCUUUAUGUUAACGACAUUUGUUUAUCAUUUUCAAAACAGUGAAUUUAUGCCCUAAAAGUUUUAGAAAAGUUUAAAAUAAAUCUGUAUAUAAAAAAAAUAUUUAUUUGUACUUUCAAACAAAAACAGGCUAACAUAUGUUUUGAGAGUUUAAAUAAUAUAAAGAUUCUUCAAUGUUACUUCAGAGUAGUAUAUUCAUAAUAGGUAAAAAUACAGUGGGGUCAAGUAAACUCUUAUUGUAUUGUAGGCGAGAUCUACGUAUCUAGAUGGUAUUGUUAUCUAUGUAACCUAUUGUACAGUGAGGUGCAAAGGAAUCCGAGUCUCUUGUGUUGGAAGGCGCACUACUGGUCAGUUUCGUCCAACUGUACUUUAGGGCCUUGGCAUAAGUUUGCUUUUAUUGAUAUGACAUCACUUCUCUUUAUUUAUUAUUUGUAGGGCACAUUCAACUAUGUUUAAAAAAAAAGAUAACGAUCUGUCCAUUACGCAUCCCAUAAUAAAACAGUCACACUGCCAUAACAUUUAGAAAGAAAAUCUAGUAGACUUUUAUCAACUAUUUAUCUAUCGCUUUGCAGACAUGUUUGUAUUAACUUGUUUAAUUCUCAUAAAAUAUCAAAAACUUUUUCAACUUAUGAUCACUUUUGUUAACACUAGCUGACUGCCUAUUUCAUAUAACAGAUGUUACCUUUCUCCAGAUGUAAAAAAUUAAUAAUCUACGAUAUAUUAUUAGAAAAAUUUCAAUGUAUGCCGGUUAUUUUUAUUCACUUGUUCGCCCGUAAGAUGCUAAAAUUAGUUGAGUGACAAUAAAUAUCAUAUUAAAACAAUAUGCACGAGUUCCAUACAAAUUAAAUACUAAUAUUAUUCGGGCAUUAUCGAAUAAUAGUCAACAACAUGUAUCAUACAGCGAAAUAAGUCCAACGUCCUAUCGAAAAUGGACGGAUAACAUAAUUCGUUUCAUGGUUAUUGGGAAAAGUAUAUCUUUUGGCAUCACCGCACCAUAUUUUAUAGUUAGCUAAUUCCGCUGGACUUGUUUUCCGCAUUUUUUGGGAAUGUUUAUGCAUCGUUUCUUUGAUGUCGCUCAUAAUAUUGCUUGCUUAUCGAGCGGGAGUCGGAUCAGUAGAUCUUGCACGCGCUGGUGUUGGGAGUUCUAAUUCAAACCGUCUUACGCCCUUGCAACAUGUAACAUGGCUUCACUAUCGGCAGAUUAGAAAAAAAAGGCUAUGAUUUAGCGUCCAUCAAUACGCAUGACUUAAAAAAAAUAUCCGGGCGUAUCUUUUAAUUCGGCUUACUCAGAAUGAAGACAUUAAAUAAAAAAAAUUUAAAGAGAACAUUUUCAGUGUCAAAAGAUAGGUCAGGUCAUAAGGAUAAUCGGAAUAAUUUUGAAUUAAUGUUUUAAAAAGAAACUAACUACGUAUACCUUGUCAGCCGAGGAUCAUUUCUCUGCAUAUAUAGAAAGACAACGUAUUAUCAAUAUAUAACAUGGAAUUGGUUUGAUCCUAUGUAUAAUAUGCAUAUGCUAUGAUUCCUUUGAGUAGAAAACAAAGAUUUAUAGCUUUCCAAAUAUAAGUGCUCGUGCCAUUCGAGCAAUUGAUCUCUAUAUUACGAAAAUUAUUUAUAAAAAUCUAUAUGAGGACAUUCAUUAGAUUACACAAAUUUAAAAAUAAUUAACUGUAUAAUGCUUUUCUAAAAUUUUUAAUUACUUUUCUUUUUCAGAGGGUCUCUGCCUACCCCUCCUGAAAGGAGGAGUGAUUUUAGGAGUGAUUUUAUUCAUGUUUUUACUUUUCUUCGAAUUCAUAUUCUUCGUAGUAGUAUGUUUACAAGUUUGGACCAUGUGAUCCGUGUUCCAAUUGUUGUAAAUCUCAUAAAUGCACAUUUUUUUAUGGCGACGAUGGUGGUGAUGCUCUCGAUUCAAAAAAAUUAGUUAAUAAUAUUUUGUUAUAAUAUUUAUAAAUGGGAAAUGAAAGCGAAAUUAUUUAUGACCCCUAAAACAAAUAUUAAAAAAAGGAACCCUCUGUAAAAAUGUAUUUUUAUGAGAAAUCUAAGUUGCCUGUUAAUUUCAAUUCACGCCAUAUUUAAAUGUACAUUUGGCGACAGAGAAGUAUACAACCUUCGAAUUGAAGUAUACUUUUCUCAGUAGCCCACUGUACGUCACGCAUAUAGAUCACAGCUUGUAGAAGAUAUAUGUAACAUAGUGAUUACGAAUAGCUUUAUAAAUACGCGAGGAUCAUUAAUUUAAAUGCAACAUAGUGUUAUAUGCGCAGAGAUGUUGUUUUAGUCUGUCAUUUAUGAGAAUAAACAUUUUACAAUGGA